CAGACCCUCUCGCGCGUUCGUCUUUUGGCGCGUGCGGUGUUGUCCUGGUAACGCGCGUGAAGCGUCGGUGGAGCAGGUGUGAGCUGUGAGAGAAGCUGAGAGGAAGAUGGAGGAGAGCAGCAGAGACCUCGAUACUGGCAGCGAGGCAGGAGGAGACGAUGCCCUUGUGGGGAAUGUAAGCAAAUUGACUGUCACUCCUCCAGGAUACACAGGAGCACCCAAGAAAGGGCACCUCGUCUUUGAUGCCUGCUUUGAAAGCGGAAAUCUUGGCAGAGUGGACUACAUCAGUGAGUUUGAGUUUGACCUCUUCAUCCGGCCGGACACAUGCAACCCUCGCUUCAGAGUGUGGUUUAACUUCACGGUUGAGCAUGUCCGUGAGACACAGAGAGUGAUCUUCAAUAUCGUGAACUUCAGUAAAACCAAGAGCUUAUACAGAGAUGGGAUGGCUCCAGUGGUGAAGUCUACCAGUCGACCUAAAUGGCAAAGACUUCUUGCAAAGAAUGUGUAUUACUACCGGUGCCCGGACCAUCGGAGGAACUACGUCAUGUCUUUUGCCUUCUGUUUUGACCGCGAGGAUGACGUGUACCAGUUUGCCUACUGUUACCCGUACACCUACUCCCGCCUGCAGCACUAUCUGUCCAGCCUUGAGCAAAGAAACCUAGACUACCUAAAGAGAGAGCAGCUGGGUCUCAGUGUGCAACAAAGAAGACUGGACCUGCUUACCAUCACUAACCCGGAAAACCUGAACCCUGAGCAAGAGAAACGUGUGGUUUUCCUUACUGCACGUGUUCACCCAGGAGAAUCACCUGCUUCGUUUAUCUGUCAGGGUGUGAUAGACUUUCUAGUGAGUGGCCACCCUUUGGCACAAGUCCUGCGUGAUCAUGUCGUCUUUAAAAUUGUACCCAUGCUCAACCCUGAUGGUGUCUACCUGGGCAACUACAGGUGCUCACUGAUGGGUUUCGACUUGAACCGCCAUUGGCAGGACCCUUCCCCAUGGGCUCAUCCCACUCUCCAUGCCGUCAAACAACUUAUCAUCCAAAUGAACCAAGAUCCAAAAGUAAGUCUGGAGUUCUACAUCGACGUCCAUGCUCACUCCACUAUGAUGAACGGUUUUAUGUAUGGCAACGUGUUUGAGGAGGAGGAACGCGUGCAGAGGCAGGCCGUCUUCCCUCGCCUGCUGUGCAACAAUGCACACGACUUCUCUCUCUCCAGCACAACAUUUAACCGAGACGUAGUGAAAGCAGGAACGGGGCGACGAUUCCUUGGAGGUCUGCUGGAUGACACGUCCUACUGCUACACUCUGGAGGUGUCCUUUUACAGCUACCUCACUGCAGGCAGCACCGCGCCCAUCCCAUACACAGAGGACAGUUAUAUGAAACUGGGCAGAAAUGUGGCACGGACAUUUCUCGAUUACUAUAAACUAAAUAAUCUGAUUGAUAAGAAUACAAUACCAGGCCACAUAACAAGUUUGGAUGCAGUUUCUUUUGGUCACCAGGGAAGCAGCGAUAGAAACGACAAGAAUCAAAAUGGGGAGAAAAGUGGGAGAAGAUUUCAUGAAGUCAGAGACUAAUGAGGCACAAUAUUGUACAAUAUAUCAAUCCCCAUUAAACUGGACAACAUCGACACACAGGAACUUAAGAUCCUGUGUAAAAAAAAACUUGCCAUCAUUCACAAUAAGUUUGUGGACUCCAUAACAACCAAUGUAUUUGUAUAUAAAUGUUUUGUUAGGUCUUUACUUGCUUUACCAGCAUUAGUGUGUUUUUGCUUCUUCACAGAUGUAUUACAUUUAUGUUUUCUUACUAUAAAGUGAUGCAUGCAUUGAGAAUUAUGUUGACUUUACCUUUACUUUCUGCUACUUGUUUGAAUGAAAGAUUGUUGUUUAAAUACAAAUAUUAUGUAAUUGGUUAUUGUAUUUAACUGGGCGGCACGGUGGCUCAGUGGGUAGCACUGUCGCCUCACAGCAAGAAGGUCCUGGGUUCGAUCCCCAGGUGGGGUGGUCCGGGUCCUUUCUGUGCGGAGUUUCCUCCGGGUGCUCCGGUUUCCUCCCACAGUCCAAAAACAUGCCACCAGGCUAAUUGGAAACGCUGAAUUGUCCUAUAGAUACCUAGCCGCUAGAUGCACAAACCAGUGCAUUGUAGUACCAGUCCCAAGCCCGGAUAAAUAGGGAGGGUUGUGUCAGGAAGGGCAUCCGGCGUAAAAACUGUGCCAAAUCCCGCCGGCGACCCCUAAUGGGAAGAAGCCGAAAAUGCCGACCCCGUAAUCGAAAAACGGGACAAAGGCUGAGGAACAAGGUUAUUGUAUUUAACUAUUGUAUUUAUUGCUAUUCUUUCCAGUCAUUUUUCAUGUUGAUUUCAACAUUAUUCACUAUGACACUGUAUGAAUUCACUGCCUAAUAUCAUUCAUGAUUACUCAGACCACAGUUACCCAGUUUAUGCCAGGUCAUUUUAUGUGUCAUAUUUGUAUGGUGUUCUAAUACAAUGUAACCACAUGCAACAGCAUCGGAUUUCUGUUUUCAACCUUGUUUUGGGUUUUUAAAAGCAAAAAGAGGUGCAGCAAAAUGUUGCAUUCAGGUUUGAGCUCCUUGAAGUCAAUAAACAUGCUAGUCAGUGAAUGUGCUUUACUAUAUUAUGUAGUUGGCAGGGUUUUGUUUGUCUAAUCUGUUUUCUAAAGAUGUGUGUUAUACAUGUGAAUACAUCUGUAGGGAUGCAUAAUCACCAUUUUGCAUCUGUAGAAUAAACAUUAAAAUAUCUAUGCUUCCGUGUAGUGAGUAAUAUGGCUAGGUUUGCUGUUUUCCCAUUGGCUUAACAAGCCAUUUAGAAGCCCAAAGACUUCAAAGACAAAGGUUGUCAGGAGUCAAAAUUGAAUGUUCAAUCAUUAUAUUAAUUUAAGUUAAAACAUGCACUAGCAGCCACACUAGGCUUCCUUCUCGUACAUGGUUGCUUGCCUUUCAUUUUUAGGCAAUUUGCAUUAGAUAAACCCCCAGAUGGUAUUGUUAAACAAAAUAGGCUGGUAGUAAUGAUUACUGCUAAAAGAAACAGUAUUAAAAACAUUAAGCCACUAAGUAACAAAACAAAUAAAUCAGGAUCUUAAAUCAUCAGGUUCACAUGAUCUAGAAAAACCAAAUGUACUGAUACAACACAGGACUACUGUUUAUCUGUAUUUAAAGCAGUUUCAGCAAAAUUGAACCAGAUCUACUUUACAACUCAAGAAGAUUCAUAAAUACAUAAGAAACCCAUAACAUGGUGUUGAAAAUGUUAAUGACUGUGUGGACUUUAAGUUUUGAGCCUUGUGCACUGUGAUGUUUGUUAGUUUUUGUUUGAGGGUGUUGUUUUGUUUUUUGUUUUUGUUUUUCAAACUCUGACAGCACAUACACUGAUCAGGCUGUCCAUUUGAUCAGCUCCA